UGUUGAUUGUACCGUGACGACUUUACAUUGAGAAAAAUCACACACUAGUUGUGACAGUUGGCUAACUUUAAUUACGCGUUGUCAAGGUAACCGCUUGUUUAUAUUUUGGGCUUAAAAAAGUUUUACUACGAAUAGUUAUGCGAUUAGACGGUUGACGGUUAUUAUCAUCUAUAAGAGUCCAGAACUAAAUCUACGCUAAUUAUGUCUCAAGAAACAAGCAGUGAUGGUGAAGACGUAUUAGUUGAUGAAGAUUCUGGACAAAGAAUUGACAAUGAAUUGCCUGACGAUCCCAGGAAAAGUAGUCAGGAAGAAUUGGACGAAGAUAUUGGACAAACCCUUGAGGAGGAGGACUUAGAUCCAGAUCGUUUUUAUUCAAAACCAUUUCUUAGUGAAAAUUGCACUCUUCCAGAAAAUAUAUUAGAAUUUCACUAUUCAUUUGGAUAUUCGUGCAAGAGGCAUUUCAACCUUUGUGUGAUGGAUGAAACCAAGCUUAUAUUUAUUUCCGGAAACUUGUUGCAUUUCUACGAUGUCGAAACCAAACAUUUGUCGUUCCGUCGCAGCGUUGGCGGCUGUGGCAUUGGUCACCUCACGCGUCAUCCGAACCUACCACAUCUAGCUGUCGGAGAAAAAGGCACCAGUCCAUUGCUUAUCAUUUACGAAUGGCCUUCAUUCAACGUAGUGUGUUUGUUGCGAUACGGUGCCAAGAAGGAAUACGCAUACCUAGACUACAGCCCAGAUGGAGAGCUAUUGCUUUCCCAAGCUGGCGACCCUGAUUACAUGCUCACUAUCUGGGACUGGCAUAAAUCAACAGCACUUCUGCGGGGGCAGUCGUACACACAGGACGUUAUCAACGCUAGAUUCUCAAACUACGUGGCUGGUCAUCUCACAUCAAGCGGUUUUGGACACAUAAAGUUUUGGAAGAUGGCAGAAACUUUCACCGGACUUAAGUUGAAAGGUGCACUCGGAAGAUUCGGGAAGACCGAAAUCUGCGAUAUCGUUGGAUUCUUAGCAAUGCCUGAUGAGAAGGUGGUCACCGGCUGCGAGUGGGGAAACAUUUUGCUAUGGGAAGAAGGCUUGAUUAAAGCAGAAAUCUGUCGGAAAAACAGGGUGCCUUGCCACACCGCACCAAUCACCCAGUUCCAGUUCCAUCAGAAAGAACUAACCAGCAUAGGCCUGGAUGGAAUGAUUAAGAUGUGGUAUUUCGAAACGAUCGACCAUGCAGAUCCCCCUGAAAACGACAGCUUCAUCGAGAUAGAACCCAUGUUCCAGUGCGAGAUCAGGAGCGGCUCUUCUGUGGCAUCUUUGAUGAGCCUGGUGAAGAAGGCGAACAGGCCCGAUGAUCACUUUUGGUACGCGCAGGAUGCUAACGGUGGCAUCUGGGAAGUGGACUUGAACGUGGACGACGCCAACGACCCCCCGAGGCAGCUGGUAGUUUGCCACGCGGGGGCCGUGGUGGACAUAGCGACCUCUCCCUGCAAACCUUACCUGGCCUCCCUCGGCGAGGACGGGCGGCUGUUCUUCUACAACUACAGGGACAAGAAGCUGCUCGCAACCAAGCAGUUCGGAGCCAAAGGGAUGUGCCUCAUCUGGUUCCCUCGCAGCGUGGCCAACGGCGGGAACCUCCUGGCCGCCGGCUUCUCGGACGGGGUCGUCCGGGUGCUGGCGUCCUCGCUCCGCCUGUUCGAGGCGUCGAGCGGCGGGGGGCUGGAGGCGGCGACGCUGGUCCAGGUGGUGAAGCCCCACGUGAAGCCCGUCACGGUGCUCAGCGUCAACCCCCAGGGCCUGUUCCUCAUCAGCGGCUCCGAGGACCGCACCGUCUUCAUCCACCUGAUCCUGCGGCGGCAGCAGCACGUGUCGCUGGUCCCCAUCGGCUUCGUGGACCUGCCCGGCUCCGCCACCUUCAUCGAGUGGAAGCCCAAGACGAAAGGCAGGUUCCUGGUCAGCUGCUCGUCGGGACACGUGCUGGAGAUGUCGGUGCCGAGCGAGCCCAGAAGCGCGGAGUCGUACCGCCUGACUCCCCUGAACCUGCUGGAGAUCGACUUCCACAGCGUCAAGGCGCAGAUCCGGCGCGACAUCGAGCUGGCGGAGAUGGAGAAGAGGCAGCAGGAGAAGCUCGAGCGCAAGAGAGAGGAGCUGCAGAGGAUACUGGAGGAGAACCCCGAGGCCGAUAUCGACGAGGAGACUUUCUUGGAGGACUCGGAGCCGUCGAUCGAGCUGGAGCCGCUGUACAUCCCCCCCGUGCCGAACCCCGUGCUGUUCGCAACGUACCUGGAUGCCGACGUCGUCUGGUUGUCUCUCGGAGGGUACGACGCCGGCUACAUGUACCAGUACAAGCCAGGCCAGAGCGAACCGUUGAAGGUCACCAUGAUUCCCGACGCUGACGACAUCGAGAUUCACAGUUUUGCCUACAAUUGCAAUAAGAACUACCUGGUGCUCGGGAUGCAAGACGGGAAGAUCCGAGUGACCAGGGUGAACCCGAAUGACCCGAGCGAUCUCACGGACUACUGGUCGUAUUCCAUGCACGACAACACCAACGGCUACAUCCCGCGGGUCUGCUUCAGCCCCGACCAGCGGUACCUGUUCAGCUGCGGCGCGGACGGGAACCUGUUCUCGUACUCGUUCAACGUUCCCCCGAACGAGUACCCGGAAGUGAGGCCGGCACCGGUUGUAGCGCACGCCCUUAAGAUAUAUGGCAAAAUUGGUGAUGUGGAUGGGAGUCAAACAUACAGCUUGGAAGAGAGUAAAAUUAUGGAAGAUGAAGACCGCAAAAUGGAAUUGGCAGAAGAACACAAGCAAGAAAUUAAGUUUAAUGUGGUGGAACUCGCAGAAAAAUAUCAUGACAUUGUUGCCAGGAACGACGCUCUCCCCGAGUCGCAGAGGCUCUCGGAGCACGAGCUGGAGCUCCACUGGACCAUCACGGCCGACCUGAAGGCCAUCAUCGACGGCCAGAUGGAGCUGGAGAUGAGGAAGCUGGCCUUCGACGUCGAGAAGAGCCAGCUCGGCCUGGCCAAACUCAAGUCCUACUUCUUCGACUGUCUGGACUCCAUGACUACCCACGUGUUCGCCUGCAGAUCAGAUUCAUAUGUGACAACUUUCCGACAACGUAAGCUUCUUGAUGACUUCUAUGCUGCGAAGAAAUACGUGCAGGAGCAGCUGGCACCAAAGGAAGACGAAGAUAAGGACAAGAGAGCAGGACGGCCCGUUCCAGACAUAGAGGCGCUUCUGUUGCAACUGCGGCAGUGGCAGGACGACCAGAGACUGGACGCCCUGCCCCCGGAGAGCGACGUGCCGGCUGUGGACUCGUUCCUGAAGGGCCUCUCGCUCACCUCCAUCAACUACAAGCGCAACGCGAAGCUGGUCCGGGCCAUCGAGCGCUACCGGGCCCGCAAGCAGAGGAUGGAGGCGAGGAAGCGCGAGUGGAGCGAGCUGUACAGCAAGGAGCCGGGGAGGGGCGUGAUCCACCCCGACGACGCGGCGCUCAUCGCCGAGGCGGAGAGGACCGUCGGGGACUACCACCUCAAGGCCUCCCCCGACUACCGCGUGCCGCCCGAGCUGCAGAUAAACACCGUCAAGAAGUUCGAUCAAGUGCUGCGUGCUAGAGAGCAGGAAUUCAUGAUGAAGCAUCGCUUCAACGAAGAGGUGUACACGCUACGCAGCAGGAAGCUGUCUCUGAUAGAAGACAUCGGCCGUCAGAGACGGCGGCUGGCGGCCAUCCACCGAGAGCUGUCCGCGCCUCAGGCGAAGCCUCUGCCGGAGAUUCCUUCGGUGAAGGAGGAGCUCGAGUUUCCGGAGAAGUUUCUCGAGGUGAAGCCGGGGCAGGCGGCGGAGAGCGCGGACGCAGAAGACGGCAGCGCGGACGAGGCGGACUGGGAGCUGGAGAUGCUGGCCUGGCGCACGGCUCCGGACCGAUCCUGCCCGGAGCUGCCCGACGAGGAGUUCCAGAAGCUGUCCCAGGUCAGCAGGCAGCGGCUGGCGGAGCUGGCACAGCAGCAGGACUCGUCCUCCGCCUGGGAGGCAGAGAUGUCCAGGGCCAGGAACAUGAGGAAGGUGCACGAGCAGGAAGUGAUCUUGCAGCGAGCGGCCGACUCGGUCCGCCGGUUCGACGAGGACGUGGGGAGGCUGGCGGAGUCGCGGCUGCAGCUGGAGGUGGACGCCGCCCUCCUGGAGCUGCACUCGGUCAAGCUGAGCCACGAGCUGAGCGAGCUGACCGGCCUGACGGAGCCCGAGGCCCAGCUCACCGCCAAGGUGCUGGUCAGGACCGCCGACGAGGCUGCCACCCACGCCAAGAUACAAGAACUUCAAGAUAGAAUGAAUGAUACUAUAUUGAAGAUAGAAGCUUUAAAGAAUAAAAUGAAAAAUCUCUUUGCUUCAGCUGAAGAAAUCAGGCCAGAUAAUAUAUUUGCAGAAUAUCUGAGAAAGAUUUUCAUGAGGAAGUACAAGCCACCAAAAGUAGUUCGUCGCAGAGGAACAGGAGAAGAUUCCGAUUCAGAAGAUGAGUCGGAUGAAGAUUCUCUGCUGGAAGAGAGCUCCACGGAAGAUGACGACGAAGAUUACGAGGAUGAAGCCAUGCUGAGCUCAGCCAAACAACUUCUCAAGUUGGACGAGUCUGUGUGCCCUGAGGGUCUCGACGUGGAGAUCUACAACAAGACGUUCGCCCUCCGACAGGAGAGAUACGACACCGAGCAGCAGAUAUUGGACGAAAGUAAAAAUCUAGAUAUUGUCAAGAAAGAACUCGAAGUCGUCAACAACAGCACCAAGGCCCUGAAGAAUUUGCUCGAUGAAGCAAUUGAAGAGCUGGAGGAACUGCAGAGGGUGAAGCAGCGGCGCCUGAACACGGUGGAGUGCGUGGUGCUCCUGAGCCUGGACCGGCUGCAGCUGGUGGGCGGGGGCACGGGCGACCUGGUGUUCCACCGCCGGGCGCUGGCCCGCCUGCAGGCCCGCCCAGGUGAGAUUGAGCAGGAGACAGAAGACCAGAAAGCUAAAGACAACGAGUAUCGUCAAAAUCUACGUCAGCUCCGAAUCGACUACAAGGAUGUGAAGGUGCGGAUCGAGGAACUGAAAGAGAAGGCCAAGAAGUGUAUGGAGAAUAAGUUUGGCUGCAAGAUUGACCUUCGAGAGUUGGAAGAGACGGUGCUACGAAUGAUGGUGGCCGACAUGAAGUUCUCGGUCAAAGACGUGGCACAGGAGUACAGCCUGCAGAUGAGAGAGUUGCAGGAAAAGAUGAGGCAGAAGGAAGAAAUAUUAUCAUUUGCCAUGCAGGAAAAUACAGAGAAGUUAAACCUCCUGACGAUUUUAGAAGAAGAAAAAAAUAAAUUGGAGAGUAUGUUGCAAGUUCAGCUGCACAGGAUGGAACAUCCGUACAUGGACAGAGAAGCAGAGUACCAGCAAGACAUACAGAGGCUGGAGAGCAUUGCGCGGAAGCAAGCGGAGCAGAUCAGGUGUCUCCAGGAGGAGACCAAACACCUGACGUGCAAGUCGAGGCCACCGCGACCGGCCGUCCCGUGCGCGCCCGCCCCGGAAGAGCAGCCGGGCACGGGCGCAGACUCUCGCGACCAGCGCUUGUCCCAGGAACUGUCCCCUUCCCCGCCCGACGUGAGGGACGAGUCCGCGAGCCAGUGAAGGAUAAGCGGCAGCCAGGCGCAGCAACAUGUUACCUUAUACUUCCAUAAACAUUUUUGUGUAAAAAAAUGUAUUAUGAAAUGAUAAAUUAAAUGUGUCCUCUUUCAA